AUGGCAUACAUGGUGCUCAAGCUGGUUGCUUGCGCCAAGACCGCCAAAUACUCAUUCGGAUCGAUGUUCCACCUUGUCAAAUCCCUGGAGGAACUCGAAUUAGUAAGUUCAGAGCGGCUUUCUCAGAAUGGACUUGCCAUUGCCUCCACCGUUUAUGGGACCCACGAAGAAGAGCUGGUCGAUGAGGAGGAAAAAUCCCAACAUGAUAUCGAUGAAGCUGUCAAAUCCUUGGAAUUUGAGCCUUUGGAUCCUCUGACACUCGGAAGUUUCCCAUUAGUUGCUGCGCGUGUCAAAAAGUUGUUGGGAAACCGUGCCAACAACACUCAUGCUUACACAAAUGCAUUGCCCGCCAUUGGAUGUCAGAACCCUACUCGCGCGGAUCGACGACUUUUCCGGCGCCAAAUCAUUAACAUGGAACGCCACGGGCUUAUUGAACGAGUGUUUGUGCCGUCAAAAAUGGCUCGAAAUAAGAUGAUCAUUUGCAUUCGCCCCACCGUAGGUGGGCAACGUGUCCAGGGAAUAUCCCAUAAAGGGGACCCUGACAUAUCACAUAAUUCUAGUGAGGAGACGUUGGCGAAGUGGAAUGUCACUAUUCAUCGCCAGCUAACUGAAAUUGCAGAUAUUUUAUCCCAACGUGGUAAGACACACAAUGAAAUGACAGCGCUCCUCAGUCAGUUCGAUGUGUGGACAAUCGAACAUCUCAUGAAGAAGAAUGAGGAACAUCCAGUGCCCCAUCAUCUCCGCCAUUUCGCUAUCAUCUCCGAAGCUAUGCAUUAUGGGCGCGAAUGCCACAUGGAAUACUGGACAAAAUCGGUUCUUCAGCGCUCACAACUUGAUCCAAAUGCUGUCACUGAGAAACUCGGAAAUAUUUUGGCUGAGGACUUGUCUGACGUGGCAAGUUUUGGAGAAUUCCUCGAAGAAGAAUUUUACGAUGGGGAUGUUGACACCCUGGCAAAAUAUGUCAACAAUUUCUGUCGCCCCACAAUGAAGCGAGAUCGUAGGACCAGUCUUAAAGCAGAUGGGAUUCCUCGUAAUCGGAAUCCAAUACUACCUGAUGGGACUGUCAAGAAAGGCUGCCCACGAAAGGAUGGCACAAAGAAACAUGGCAGGCCACCAAAGGACAGGAAUUUGGCGCAGGAUCCUCAGAGCCCACCUGCCGCUACGCAUGAAACAACACAAGGCGGAGAUCUAACCUUAGGUCGAUCCAGAGAGGGUACUUCCAAUAAUGGAAAUUCUGUCAAUUCGAGGUUAAUUGGUGGUGGCUUACCCGAACAAUCGAUUCUAAUCAAUGACCAACGUCCUGGGAUAAUCGAGGAUCCUAUGUUGAAAUCAACGAGGAAAGCCACAAAGCGUCCUGCGAUAGCAGGUUUAUCUGAAAAAAUCCAACUAAAUGUCGUAAGACGACAAAUGUUGAAUCUGGGGUUUCUCGGCCCCCCCUCAAACGGUGCGUCCCCAUCCGCAGAUCAGCACAACCCGGGAGCAACCAAAGCGCAUUCUCGGAAAGGGAUCAGAGCACCCAGGAAUGCCAAUCUUACGGCUUUGCGUCGACAGGAAGAACUCCUGACAGUUCUUCAGGAUCUUGGAGGGAUCGCACAUUUGUCGGAGGAUCGAAUAUAUGAACAGUUCCAAAAGGUCAUCAAAAGGAGGAUCGCGGAUGGUGUAGUCAUGAGUACUCCGGAAGGGAUGUCUUUAGAUCCGCGGACCCUGAGUAAGACAAUGAACAGUCUCAGCGACCGAGGGCCAUCUCCUUGCCUCGUGCCCUCUUCCAAGGUCAUCCUUCUAUUGCGUUCCAUAUUUGAUGGCCAAUCUCGUGGAGCGCUUCCUAUGUGCUGGCAAAAUUGCAGCGCGAUUUCCUUUCAUCGUGCUUGGAUAUCAAUACUCAGAUCACUGGGGCACCGCUGGACGCCAUCAACUCUUUCAUGGAGGAGGGAGGAGCAGAGGAGGUUAUGGAACGAAAAACAGCGAUUACUCGGUCAGACUAAACCUCGUCGUGAGCUGGAUAAGGUCUUGUCCCUGAAGAUUGCUGAGGCGAAACAGUGA